AUGUCAUGGAGAAAUGGCCUGACUGUGUUCCGCCCGGUCCAAGCAGAGACGACGGAUGCCGAAUGCAAAUUGGGACGUGACCAACAAUGGCUCCUUGGUGGCACAGCUCAGCCUCGUGUUGGGAUGUCAAGCAAGGCUUUGCUGCAUGCGGUAGAUGUACACAGUACUCUGAAAUUCGGUAAACAAAUCCAACGCCAGCAAUUGGAUCUUCCUGAAUAUGCGGCCAGCUUUCUCAACUACAAGGCUCUUAAGAAGCUCAUCAAACAGCUGAGUGCUACUCCCACCAUCACCGCUCAAGGAGGUUCCACGACCGUAGAUGCCCAAGCAGCUCUGAGGGCGAAUAAAGAGGUCUUUUUCUUCCGGCUGGAACGGGAAAUCGAAAAAGUCAAUGUUUUUUAUCUUCAAAAAGAAGCCGAGUUUUCCCUCCGACUUAAAACCUUGCUCGACAAGAAACGCGUGAUACAAGCAAGAAUAGCUGCCAAUUCAAGGCUCUCCGCAAGCUUUGCAACCUUGGUUGAGGGAUUCCAGCAAUUUGAUAACGACCUCAACAAACUUCAACAAUUUGUUGAAGUCAAUGAAACAGCGAUCUCCAAAAUUUUGAAAAAGUGGGACAAGACUUCCAAGUCAAGAACCAAGGAAAUUUAUUUGCAGCGCGCGGUCGAAAUUCAGCCUUGUUUCAACCGCGAUGUACUUCGAGAUCUCGCAGACCGAGCGACAACGGCCAGGCUGGAUCUGGAGGCGUGGGCCGAAGGCGAAAAUAUCCAGUACGAAGUCUCAAGGCCGACGGAUCGUACGAUUGGUCAGCGGGUUGGUACCGAAGAAAGCGACAUCGAUCUUCAAAUCUUGCAAGCAUCGGCCGCCGGCAACGUCGGUGCGCUACGGGAAUGGAUCGCGAGGCUGAGUACGUCACCGGAUGCAGGCGAACGUUUCACCCGGAUUUUUCUAGCGACGAUCAGCGAAGCCCCUGACGAUUCCCUCAAUGUCUUUCUCAACUCGGGCCUGGUAGACAUCCACGCGGAAGAUGACAUCAACGAACGCAAUUGCUUGCACGAAGCGACAAUUUAUGGCAAGGACAGUGUUCUGGAAUACGGUCUAGCGCAUGGAGUCGACCUUACUCGAUUGGAUGUGUAUGGCAGAGUGCCAUUACAUUAUGCGUGCCUGAGAGGGAGAAUCGCCAUGGUCCAAAAAUUACUGGACAACGGACCCGACACCAUCGACAUGAAAGAUCACGACAAUUUCACUCCUUUGAUCCACAGCAUCGUCCGUCAUCGAAUCGACUGCGUUCGCCUCCUCCUGGCGCAUAAUGCUAGGAUCGACCCACAGUCUGAUGCCGAUCAUAUUCCCUUGAAUUUAGCCUGCCAACACGAGUCGAUGGAGGUCGCCACCUUGCUACUUGAAAGGAACGCGAAACUUCUUCCCGACGCAGAGGGCCUUUUCCCCCAACAUCUUGUUGCUCGAUCGAGCCAAAAGGCGGACCUUCUCCUCCUUCUCCGACAGCAUGGAGCGGAUCUAAAUCAACGGGAUAAACUGUAUCAAUGGACCCCAUUAUUUCAUGCAGCGAGUGAAGGUCGCGUGGAUUGCUUGCGCGUAUUACUGGAAAAUGGAGCGAAUCCAGAAGCGCUUGACGAGAAAGGCCUAACAGCCAUGUAUUACGCCACGUGGGAAGGCCACCUCCAGUGCAUGGAUCUCUUAUGGGAACGCAGCAGUCAUCAUCACCACGCCGAAAGGAGAUCUUCGACCCGAUUGGGGGCUGUGGUUCCUCCGCACAGUCAGAUGCACGCCAUGGAGAUCACACCCGAAGAGACUGCUGGAGCAGAAGGUGAUGGCAUCCCAGAUCUAUCCCUUCCGCCGCCGAUUAUUCCACUACGCCGGUACGGUCACAACUUUCUCGACACCAAAACAUUCAUUGCCAUUCAUUUCGACCGUGGAGCGAAGGCGAUACAAUUCUUUAAUGAAGCGAGAUAUCCCGCGGCCCGCUUGACCAUCUCAUCAAAGUCUUCGGACCUCAUCCCCCGCAACUUGAUGCUGCCCAUAGAGGAAGAAUCGAGGUCGGUCUAUUUCCAAGUCGAUAACUUGAGCACUUUCGCCAUCGAUUUUGAAAUAUUUCCCACAUUCGGCUCAAAGGUCAUCGCCAAAUCGGUCGCCCUUCCGGAUUUGUUCCGCGCCAUCGAGAGCAGUGCGGGAAGUUGCUGUCUCCCUCUAUUCGACCCUCGACUUCGCCCUGUGGGCCAAAUCCAAUUUAACUUUCAAGUGAUCAAGCCGUACAAAGGAACUCCGCUGGAGAUUACCCAAUUUGCGACGUAUUGGAAAGCUACGAGUGCUCUGGAUGAUCAUAGCGGGCUGGUGACCGGAUCAAGUCUUUCAGGUGACUACUUGAGACUGAUCGUGCAGCUUACUCGGGACGGAGUUCCGGUGAUCUAUCCAUCAUAUUUCGUGACGUACAACAAUCUCGAUGUUUCCCUCUGCCAGCUCCGAUACGAUGUCCUGACCAAGCUCGGUCUCACAAGCUCCCUCCUUCACAUCGAUGGGACUCCGACAUUAGAAAGCGUUGACAUCAUGGAAUGGCGCGAUCGCCUCUUCAUGUCAAUAGCUACUCUUCAUGACGUCCUGGCUGCUGUGCCCGCGCACAUCAAUCUCAACCUGCACGUGCUGUACCCAACGGCCUACGAAGAUAUCCACCUCGGUAUAUACUCGACCAUCGAUAUCAACACGUUCGCCGAUGCCAUUUUAACUGAAGUUUUCGAUCAUGCGCGCGCUCUUCGCGCUCAGGCGCCAGAUCUAACCCGCUCGAUCGUCUUCUCUUCACUCAAUGCCAAUAUUUGCACGGCGCUGAACUGGAAACAACCCAACUUCCCGGUCCUCCUGUGCAAUGACCUUGUCGGUCUACAUACCUCUCCCACGGCGCCUACGCAGCACGCCAAUCCCAUCCAUUCUCUCCAAAUGUCCCCGGCGAAGGGUACUUCCAUUAAAGAAUCUGCGCGCCUGGCGCAGGUGAACAAUUUCAUGGGCCUAACAUGUUCUUCGCGCAUUCUACAGAUGGUUCCUGCCUUAAUAGAGACGAUAAAACAGGCGGGGCUGGUCCUCGUGUCGGACGCGUCAGGUGAAGAUGGUACGAUACAACCACUACAUCCGCAAAUGCAGGUCUCUGCUGCAGCUGGUUGGACUAUGAUGCCGGAUGGUGUCAAUGGGAUCAUGAAAGGGAACGGCAUCCUGCGGUUCAAUGAGACGAUUGAUACGUGA